AAAAAAAUAAUUUUUUAUUGCAACCAUACUUAAAUACCAUACUUAUAAGUGUAUUAUAGUAUAAAUUCUUUUUUUUGUUAUGCAUUCAACCGAUACAGAGGGAAAACACCAAAAAUAUUACAACAAUGUUGAUACGCAAGCGCUUGGGAAUCAUGAUAUAUGAAAACGUUUUUGCAGUAAUAGGUUUAUUCAACAUAAAUCACAUUACGACGGAUAAACUGUUCUGCAAAAUAUAAACAAAAAAACCAAAAAAAUCCUAUCCUGAUCUGAUAAUACCCAAAUGAAAAGUUUAUCUACCUGGUCCACGAUCGUACCCAAAAGUUUUAUAGGUCAUCAGCCAUAGAAUCAAAGUUUUUAUUUCCACCAACAAAAUUAAAAAUCUAUCUCUACAUUAUUAAGAGUAUUUUAUAAUAUAUAUAUGCAUUAAGUAGUCAUAUCACAUAAUAUUUCCAAAUUCCAACUGUGAUUAAUUAUUAGUUUGACACUUCACCAAAGUAGUCAACUUAUGUAUAGGGUCACAUUUUACAAUAAUUUAAUCACGUUCCCUAUACGGAUAUACGGUGACUGCAGACUACAAGCUAUGUUAUGUCAUUACGCCCGAACGAAUCGAUAAAAGAUGCCUGAAAUGAAAAAUAAAAGAUUAUUUCAAAGCAGAAGUUGAAUUCGCAGACGAUAACAAGCCGAGUUCCUUUAGGCUUCAACCUAUAACAUUUAUUGGAUUUAUCGCAGAAAUGUUGAUGGGAAUUUAGCGCAAAUAAAGUGGAUAUACCGUCAAAGGUUUUCGCGCGAAAUUCCGCGUUGAGGCCGAAUAAUACGCAUAAUGGAGAAUUGAAAAAACGAUCAAACGAAACGAAAAAUUCACGGGAGCUAAGACUGUAUAGUACCACUACACUGUUAUUAUAUAAUAAUGAUUCUACCCGCAAACACAGGGCUGUAUAAAAAGGGCGCGGUCUUGAGGGCGGUAAAAUAUUUAGGUAUAUAAUUUAUUCAAAAAAUAUGUAUUUAAAAGCAAAAUACAAAACAUAUAUUUGCUGCUCAAUACUUUUUUGGGAAAAUUGUAUGAUCAUUUUUACAAUAUUUGAGCAUAUAAAAUAGAUAUAACUUAAAAAAAGAAAAUAAUAAACUAAAUAUUUCCAUUGUUGAUUUAGUAGUUUAUUAAAUAGAUACGUAUAUAUUUUCUUAAUGGUUUUAAUUUUUUGGUAAAAUACAAUAUUAUGAUUUAUGAGUGUAAGUACUCUGCGAAUUUCUACCUCGGUCGCGGCCUUCUCAAUCGCGGAUGAAAUAAUAAAUAUAAUAUUAGUUAAAUUUAAUAAUGAAAUUUAGAGAUACCAUUACAAAUUGUAUGCCUGAGGGGGCUGGGGGUGAACAGUUCCAAAUACAGCCGGAUCCACGUCCCCGUGGACAUAACGAAGAUCUCGCGGAGAACAGUUGUGGAUCUGCCACCAGAAGGGGGGGGGGGCGAGGGGCGGUCGGCAGCCGUUAAUUAAACGGAGCUCACACAAACACAUCGCGGCUGGCGUAUACCAUAACGCUCAGCAGACGUGAUGAUGUUUAAGUGUGCUUACAACACGUGAUAAUAUUAUACAUUAUUAUACGAUGUACACUGCAGCCGCAGCUGGCGCUCGAGCGCGAUCGUCCGACCGGAACGAACAACAAGCGCGCUGCAUCGAGGGCGUUAUAUUUUAUGCACUGAAGCAAUAUGGCUACCGCGUCGCCGGAAAAAGCUGUUACCAGCCCUCUAGACGUUGACUAUAUAUAUAUAUACGUCGUAUUUCCGUGAUGUUAACUACAACGAACAUUGCACGCGCGCGCUUGUCGAUAUCGGUAGUUAAAAAAAAAAAAAAAAUGUAUAAUGACGGCAAUGCAGGUAUACCAUGUCGAGUCCGGCUCCGGAAGGGUGGUUGGACGUGGCGGAGGAGCGAGAAAAAUGGCGCGUGCUUUGAAAAAAAAAAAUAACAACAACAACAAAAAUAUGAAAUUAUCAGCACAUAUUUUUAUUGUAAAAGUGAUGUAAGAGAAUUUUACCCAACUUAUGGUACCAUGGUAGGGAUAAAAUAACGGCUGAGAUAUGAGUCUGGCUGCUGCAAGGUCUUGCGAACCACCUCGUGAAGUAAAUAUCUAAAUAUAAUAGGUUUUCCGAUUGCAGGGGUGUCGAGUGCACCGUUCUCCGACCACCUGCACCUUCGCCUAUACUCCUACUCCUCUUCCGCGUAUACAACGCAGACCUUGGAACGGGCCGGCACCGGCGAUGACGUUCCGGUGGACAACUAUAUCUAUACUUCUACCUACGAUAUAUACACGCACGACACACACGUACACAACACUUCACCUGGCGCUUUGGUGUGUGUGUGUGCGCGCGUAAAUAUACAUCGGUCCGCGUUCGCCUAUAUGCAGUCCUCCAGUCACGCGCGCAGUAUAGAUACGCGCGUACAUGUCAUACGCAUCGUCUCCGGAAGACGUACCCGAGUCCGUUUUUACCGACUGAGUUGCAGAACCGCAAAAUCGUGUAUAUAUUUUUAAUAUACUUCACGCCGUGUAAUCUGCCUAAUAUUAUUGUCGUCGUCGUCGUCGCGCCGCACGUCAAGUUGUAUACGGCAAUUUACCCUCGGCAUAUACAAAGCGACCCAGAAGGAUUUUCAACUAGAACAGAUGAUGAGGAUGAACAAUUCUUCCAUCGGUUCUGUUGGGACCAAAAGCCUAAUCAAGAACUAAUACCUAGGGUGAGAUUGAAGACACCUUAUAGAACACCACCACUUCUUACAAUAAGUCGUAUGCUGAAAGAGUUGGAAAACGAAACAAAGAAAAAGAAAAUGGAAGUAGUUCCGAGGUGUAGAGCUCGAUCAGCAUCAGCAUCACGGCCAAAGCUCAGACAAUACAUACCAAAUGAGAAUGCACCAUUGGCAAAACGUUUCAACCGUGUCGGUCAAGGCAAUCGAUGUACAAGCCGAUAUGAAAUUUAUAACUCAACUACUAGACCGUUUGGGAAAAGUUACCGAGAGAUGAUAACUUCAUCUGAUGUUAAGAUAAAUCAAGAAUCCACUGAUACCAAUGAAAGUAGUUCCGAGUCAACUCAAAGCGCAUAUGUAACUUGUAGUUCAGAAGUUGAAACAUUAAAUAUAACUGGAUUUCAAUGUGUAGAUGAAAAUGCAACUAAACACCAAGUUACUUUGCAAACUACAAUAAGUGAAGAUAUAACAGAAGCAAGAAAUUAUAAUGUUAAGCCUAAUGACCAUGCUAAGGUAAUUGAAGAAAAGUUUAAAUCAACCGAAAUAGUGAAAAAAGCGGACGAAAAGCGUCUAAUGUACAAAAUGCCAACAACAUCUACUUGGAAAACUUAUCAAGAGGAGCAGCUGACUUAUGAACCAGAAAAUCAACAAGUUCACAAGGAAGUAGUUACUAGAUCUAGAAGUUUAUAUAAUCUGCAAGAUGAACCUGUCGAGGUAUUAUUAAACAAGCCCCCGGCAUUAAUAAAAGCAACAUCAGAAAACCAUUUGUUUAAAAAUAACAUAAAACAAAAACCAAUAAUAAUACAAACAACCCCCUCCCAAAAAUAUAGCAGUGCCGUUAAUUUAACUCUUGAAAAAGAUUCCACAAAAUCCAACAAAAACAUUAAGUAUAAAUCUCAAUCUGAUCUAUGUGCAGACAUUGAAGAACCAAAAAAACUUGAAAGACCCAAAUCAAUGGACUUCCUUAUUCACAAAGAAAAUAAAUCACACGCAGAAACAUUAAAAAAACAUUUUUAUUAUCACCCUCUUAAGCCAAAUAAAAAACUCAAUGAUAAUGAACUACCAGAUCCAGAUAAAGUACUAAGCACAAGGCAAUUAUUUCAAAAAGAACUAAAAAUACCAUUACCACCGAGCAUGAAUAAUCAAAAUCCAAAAACAGGACCAAGGCCAACGCAAGAAAUACGAGUUAUUCCAGAAACAUACAAAUCAAAACUUAAAAAAUGUGUGUCCGUCGACAUGGGGACAAGUAUACAUAAUAGAUGGACGGAUAGCGGAAGCAUAUCGUCAGGAGUUGGUAGUGAAGCGAGCUUUGACACAGAAUCAUCUGAGACAAAUCCGCGGGCUGACGGGUACAGUAGUGACGACGAAGACUAUUUAACAGACAAAACAACCGUAGAAAUAGUUGGAAGACCGGUAUCAGCUGAAAUACUCAAUAAAAUCAGAAAGUUUGGAACCAGUGUUACUUAUUAUGGAGGUAAGGUAAUAUCCAGCACCAGAGGAGAGGUAUGUAGUCCUAUGACAAUGACCAUUAUGGAUGAAAUAAGACAUCAAAAAGAAGAAAAUGUAAAACUUAGACUAAUAAAAAGUAAUAGCUGUGGAAGUAGAAUUGAAUUAAUGGAAGAACCCAAACGAGGUGAAAAACAAGUAGAAGCCAUACAAGAAGAAGAAGAAGAAGAAGAUGAAGAUGAAGAACAAAGGGGAACACCAAGUCCACGAACAACAGAUGACAAUUUGUCAAAGCUUUCAAGCGCAUCAUCAGACGAUAUGUCAUGGAAAGCUUUAGUAGUAAUUAGACAAAAAAUGAGUACCAUACCAGUAUUUGACAUGGAAUUUGAAGAAUUUGAAAUAUUAGAUGAUAAAAAUAAUUAAAACUUUAAUGAUUGAUUUCACAAAAAAAGUUUUUGUAUUAUUAUUAUUGUUAUUUGAAUAUAAUACAAAACAUAUUAAUGUUGUCAACACUUUUUUAAUUUUAGCUAGCAGUAAUGAGCAGAUAGGUAUUCUUUAUAUAAAAAAAAUCGUUUUAUUUUAAUUAUAUCUGAUAAAAUUGUUAUAUAUAUUAAUAUGGCACGCUUAGUCAGUUAAACGGUUAAGAUUAUAUUAAAGUAUAUCUAUGUUAAUAUUUUUCAUCAUUUUUGCUUAUCCAAAUAAUAUUCUACAUUCAUAUAGCGGGUUGAUUUAUUUUUAAUACUUGUAAAUAUAAGUAAAAUAUAUUAUAGGUAAUUACAUGCUAAUUAUAUCUAUACAAAUGUGUCUUUAGAAAUAAAAUUUAAAAAACGAAAGAUUUUAAUAUUUUGAUUAUAAAUAACACAUUUAAUGUCUAAAUAAAAAUAUCUUUAGUGCAAA